UUCUCUCUGUCUAUCUGUCUCUCUCUCUCUCUCUCUCUCUCACACACACACACACACACAUACACACAUCCUGGUGAAGCAGGAGCUCAGCAGUGGGAUGGAUUCUGACUACUAAAGAGACGGUGUGAGAGGGAGGGGGAAAGAGCCAGCGAGCUCCGAGCUUGCACAAGAAAGGGAAAGGAUUGAGGCAUCGGUGUGCAAAUCCACAUGAGCAGAUCUGGAGGAAAACGCUGGCAGCUUUGGGCGAGACCUUGAGCGCGGCUUUUCUCAGCAUCAAGAGGUAGCCCUCGGUGCUCGUCGUAGAUCCCGGAGGAACGAGGCGACAAAGACUUGACUGACAAGCGCAAGAGGGUUGACUAGGGGAGGUCCGUGACACUUCAUUUGCAUGUGUGGAGAGGGGUGUGAGGAAGAUCCUGGGAAGAAAAAUGCAUAUCCGACAACGGCUUCGCUUUGAAUGAUCUUUCCCAUUCAUAAACCCAGCAAGGCGAUGUAGAGCCAGUCGUCCUGGCUGGAUGAGGCACGGUCCAGUCAGCUGCUGAACGUUUCAGUUUCAGUGGCUCCUUAUUUCUUCUCCAUCUGCACUUUUCACUGUGCAACGUGAACAUUUACCAGGCUUUGGGAUCUUCUUGAAUAGAGACCGCACAUUUCAAGGAAGAGCAGCUCGCGAUCUGAGGCGGACUUUGGAUCAUGUGCAAUAUUUUUUGAUACUGUUGACUUUGCAAAUUAUUCCAAUUUCUCUUACAACUUCUGAUUAGGAACUGACUUACCAUGACAGCCAUGAAGGGAGAUUCGGAGGACAGCAUCGAGAGCAUCAGGCCUUCGAAUCUGCAAGCCUUCGCCAACUCGUCCACGCUGCACGGCAUGAGCCACAUUUUCGCCUACGGACACAUGACAUUCCGUCGCUUCUUGUGGACUCUCUCGUUUCUGGGCUCUCUCGGUCUGUUGCUCCUGGUAUGCAUGGACCGCGUGUCGUACUACUUUGAGUUUCCUCACGUCACCAAACUGGACGAGGUGGCGGCGCCAAACCUCACGUUUCCCGCUGUGACUUUUUGCAACCUCAACGAGUUCCGCUUUUCGAAGAUCACCAAAAACGACCUCUAUCACGUAGGGGAACUGCUCGCCCUGCUCAACGAGAACUACCAGAUUGCGAACCCGCAUCUCGCAGAGCCAGAAAUCCUUGCUGCUCUGAAAGAAAAGGCCAAUUUUGUCAACUUCAAGCCCAAGCAGUUCAACAUGACCGAUUUCUAUAACCGAACGGGCCACGACAUCAGCGACAUGCUUCUACAGUGCACUUUCCGAGGCGACGUUUGCUUCCCUUUCAACUUCUCCACUAUUUAUACGAGAUAUGGCAAGUGUUACACCUUCAACUCGGGCCUGGAUGGCAACCCCUUGCUGACAACGUUAAAAGGCGGCACAGGGAAUGGAUUGGAGAUAAUGCUGGAUAUACAGCAAGAUGAAUACCUGCCAGUGUGGGGAGACACGGAUGAAACAUCGUACGAAGCAGGCAUCAAAGUCCAGAUCCACAGCCAGGACGAGCCGCCCUUCAUAGACCAGCUGGGAUUUGGUGUGGCCCCUGGUUUUCAAACUUUUGUGUCUUGUCAGCAGCAACUGCUUCAGUAUCUUCCACCGCCCUGGGGCGACUGCCAAUCCACUGCCAUGAACUCGGAGUUCUUCUCCACCUACAGUAUAACAGGGUGUCGUAUCGACUGUGAAACCCGGUAUCUGCUGGAGAACUGCAACUGCAGGAUGGUGCACAUGCCAGGCACGUCCACCGUAUGCACCCCAGAGCAGUACAAGGACUGUGCAGAUCCUGCUUUGGAUUUCCUCGUCGAAAAGGACAACAACUACUGCGUGUGCCCGACACCUUGCAAUAUGACUCGCUAUGGCAAGGAGCUCUCCAUGGUGAAAAUACCCAGCAAAGCGUCUGCCAAAUACCUGGCCAAGAAGUUCAACAAAUCAGAGCAGUACAUCGGAGAAAACAUACUAGUUCUGGAUAUCUUUUUUGAGGCCCUGAAUUAUGAAAAGAUUGAGCAGAAGAAGGCAUAUGAAGUGGCUGGUCUACUAGGUGACAUUGGUGGGCAGAUGGGACUGUUUAUAGGAGCUAGUGUCCUGACGAUACUGGAAAUAUUUGAUUAUUUGUAUGAGGUGUUUAAGGAUAAAGUAUUGGGCUACUUUCUACGUAAAGGACGGCCACGUCGGAGUGCAAGUGAUAAUCUGGACUACUCUGAGAACCCCACCAGCCCUGGUGUCACGCCUAAUCAUACCCCCAGAGCACAUGCGACACACUCCGGAGUCACUCGGACAGCCUCGGAUUCGCGCCGAACGUGCUACCUAGUCACCCGACUCUAGGCAACUUCGAGGAGUUCGCUUGUUGACGACGCGGGCGGCGUGGGACGAUUAGCGGGUCCGACGGCAAACUGUGAUUCCGACUUGUAUACAUGUACAUAUCUACACGCACAGUACGUGACGAGUAGUUCCAAUCGGUCAACGAAUAAAAUCAAUGCCUGAAUAGAAUCAGAUAUCACCCGUAAAAAAAAAUAAAUAAAAAGUACAAGUAGGCAACACUUUUCCAAAACAAUACUCAGGUUAUAUUAGCAUAACGCAGUAUCAGCAGUACCAACUGUUUUGUUUCAUGUUGUGAAAACGAUAGUAAGCACUUGUUUGUUUGUUUUUUGACGAGUUAAAGGCGACGCCGGAGACGCGGAGAGCAACCGGUUGCCAUUUUCUUGAACUCUGAUUGUUAAGGCUGCUUCUGAAAGUGAAAUAAACAAGGCACACCCCUGCACAAAGUGAGCGUAAUCAGGCAGUAACGAUUACUUUUGUUCAACGCUAGGCUUGUGCUGAUGAUUCGAUGUAGCCCACAAUAUACACCGAUAUUUAACACGGACAAACUUCGUCCCUACUCACUGUGUUUUUGCUUUCAUGUUUAGUUAGCCAGUUUGCGUUGUUCGUUCAUAGGCUAACUUUAUGCACAGCGCAGCGCUUCUUGAAUUCUCGAUUCUGAUUGGUCAGAAGGUGUAUAUCAAUUGCUGGCACCUCAAUUCAAGAGGAUAAGAAGCGUCAUGAAGGACUUGACUGGUUUAAAGCAUGGUUAUGACUGCUAGCUAGCUAGAUCUUAGCUAAGGUUCUUAAUAUUUGGUGCGAAGUUGUGAUCGAGUACCAAAAAUUCAUCCAUCUUUCAUCAACAGCCACGGUUCCGCCAUGGUUUUGGGAGGUCGCAGGAAACCAGAUAGACCUGGAGGAAACCCAAGGGCGAGAAGUAACCCGAGCUCAGGACCGAACAUGCGUUAGAGUUUUUUAUCAGGGUAGAUUCAAAUCUUUCAAAAUGGCGGACGCGGUAACGUUCAUGGUGGUUAAACACACACAAAAAAGGCCGCUUAUUAUUAAACACGCAUUCAUGUGCAAUACGGUGUAUUCUAUUAGCGUGAGGUAAAACUGAAACAUCAACACAAGCCUAGUCGACGUUAAGAGAGUAGAUGACGAUGUGUAAUCGGACGUGUUUCUCUGAAUGCAGUUGAAAAAAAAAAAGUGUUUUGUCUUGUUUACAUUACAUGUAUAUAAGUGCAAUAAUACGCGUCACGUGUUAGAAUAACCAAUGUUACUACCCUCAAGUCUUAACUGUUAGUCAAAAAGGAAAGAUUAGAUUCAGGUUCGGCGUCGAGCUCGCCGAGGCGGAGCGUUUUACUUUUGAUAUGCAUACGUAUUUCUAAUCGUUUCUAUUCUAUAUCCUGGUAUUACGAAGUAGCGAGCAAGGCUUCGAAUUAAGGAGAAAGUCGGGAAAGAUUCAGGUUUCAGCACAUCACGUUAAGAGCAUCAAAAAGUGGGCCGACUUGCGUGAAUUAAUGAGAGGUGUGUGUGUGUGCACUGCUUUCGGUCCAGCUCCGCCAAUUUAUCCGUCCUAUUAGUCUACAGCAACGAUAGAGAAAGCGUUCCGGUAUCGGAAUACAAAGCGAAGAUGGUAUAGUUAUUUAUAAAUGAUGCGGAAUUCCUUCAGGACAGCUGUAUUCAUAAUCCCCUUGCGUCUUUCGAGAAAGACUGCUCGUACAUCGAGCCCCUGAAAAAACACCACCACCACCACACACUACAUUUCCCAAAGGCGUCUUCCUUUCUUUGCUUGCAUGCACAUAUUUCCUGCGUAUGAACGAUUUAUCCGAUGGCGUUCCACGUGCUGCGAGCGAAGACUGAGGGAUAUAUCACACAAAACAAACAAACAUCCGCCCUCUUUUUCAUUUCGCUUCUCCAUUCAGUUAAUAGCAUUGUUUUAUAGAACAGGAUUUCUAGCACAUAUAAUCCACAUUUUAAGAGUCAAUUGUGAAGUGUAAAUGAACCUAUAUAAUAAACAUAUUUAACCUUCUCUUAAUGAGUACUGCCUCCGUCUGUCUGUCUGUCUUUCAUAUACUGUACAUUCAGGUGCUAAGAGUGUUAACAUUGCUAACA